CUUGGCAUUGUAGAAGCAGAGGAACUAUUACUGAGCGAACUCCAAAACCUUUUGACAAGACGAACGUGAGUGGACAGUUUUUUAUAAUAUUAAUAAUUUUGUAACUUCAUUGAAAUCAGCACAGAUUUUGGAUAAACUAUCUGAUCAUGUACGUUUGGAAAAUCUGAUUAUUAUGGCCACAAACAACAUUCAAGUGGUCUUGGAAUUAGGCCACACAGCCCUGUGUCGUCAAGAAGGCCAUUUGACCCACGACUGGGUGGUAUUUCUGCGCGGACCAAAAGAGAAUCCCAGCGCCAUCCAGACCAUCAUCCGCAAGGUGGUCUUCACGCUGCACCCGUCAUUCCAGAAUCCGAUCCGCGUGGUGGAUAAACCUCCGUAUGAGAUCCGCGAAUCCGGUUAUGCGGGUUUCAUCCUACCCAUUGAUAUCUACUUCAAGGGACGCAGCGAUGACAUGCCGUACCGGAUCCGUUUCGAUUACGAUCUAACCAUUCCGCCUAACGAAUCCAUCAACAGUCUGCAGACGGAGAAGAUCACCUUCCGCAAUCCCUCGGUGGACUUUCGGAGGAAACUGCUGGAAGGCGGGGGAUGCGGGGUACUGGAGACGGAUCUGGACGCCGUGAUGCCGGGCAAACGGUUGGUGCAGAUGUUCAAGAAUCCGGCCGCGGGACACGGGAUGCACGCCGGGAAGCUGGAAGGGAUUCCGUCGUUUGAGGAGUUUGCCCGGCUCUUCAAGAUGACGCUGUCUUCCACGCAGAAAAAUCAAGCGAAGACGGCCGACGGAAAGCGCAUACGGAAGGCCAGUAGUGGGUCGAGUGCCAGUUCGACGGCGGGAGAGAAAGCCAAGCGUCUGCUGGCGCCUGCGGAGGAAAAGGCGAAAAGGGAGAAGAACGUGGAGACGACGGCCGCGGCAGUGCGAAGCCCGGUGCCAAAUGCGCCUGUUGCUGAAAAGAAAAACGAAGGAGAGAAAAAGGCUGCUGCGCUGGAGUCAGUGGGGAAAACGGUGAAGAUUUCCAAGGGGGAAAAUCAUCGUCCUCCAGGUUCUAUCGGUGCACUACCAGCGAAAAGUGAAGUGCAGCGUCCAAUAAGCGGUUCCGACCAGCCGCUAAGCAGCAAAUCCAAUAGAAAGGGUAACAAAACAGCAUUAUCUCCUUCAGGCAUCAACACAUCGGCAGCAAGCGCAACCAGAACUGCCAAGUCCGUACUGCUGCAACCUGAUACGAACACCUCCAAUCACUCUCACACUGCUCAAGUGCCUGCACCAUCAUCGAACAGUUAUUCGCGGCCUGAUAAUAAUGUUAAUAUUCCCGCGGAAUCCGAUGUAUCACCAUCGCCACACAACGUUGCCGCUUCCUCAGCGGAUAGUGUGGCUAAUCCUGCAUCCGCUUCCUUACUGGGCAUUAUGACUCCGCCAAGUAGGAAAACCACACCGAGGGGCUCCAGCCAACCGUUAACACCUCACACUCCCUACUUGUCCGAUGAAAUGAAUGACGAAAUUCGGCAGCAGACGAGUGUGCCGCGGAUGUUGUCACCGUUAUCGCCACCGGAAGACUAUCCCAAUGAUGGUUCAUCCGUGGAUGAGGAUUUAGCGCUGACUCCUGGCCCUCGACGCGAUUCUACGGGCUUCUCUCCCGCGCAAGGAUUGCCAAAAGAUGGUUCUUCCCUUCAUAAUCCUGACAGUUAUCUCCUCGAUCUGACCAACGAUGGCUUCAUCUCCGGUAUAUCCGAUCCUAGUGACACAUCUCCUGAACCGUCCCCGCAACACCGACCACCGGUGAAAUCUAAACAAAAGAACUCUUCUAAAACCACACCAGCAACCGUUAGUCUCAGCGCAGUGGAGUCGGAUUUACGCGAUGUCCAGAUUAAUCAUAAACCCAUCAGUCCGGUGGAUGGACGAGACGAUGUAGCAUUGGACCCCGUUAGGGUGAACGAUAUAAAGCCGCGGGCUCUGUCGCCGGCUGAGGAGUUGGAGCGGUAUAAGCUGCAGGUGGUGCUGAGCCAGUUGACUGAUCGCACAAUGAUUCAAAGUAUUGUGGACGUGUUAGUCCCUCUAGGAGCCUUCAAUGUUGACGAAAAGGAGGGGGUUCUGACGUUUAACACCUCCAUGCUGGAAAAGCCGACCGUGGAGAUUAUCAAGAAAUUGGCGCGGUUUGAGGAGUAUACCUUUGAAACGGAGGAAUAACCCUGCUGCCUUAUUGCACAAUGGUAUUGCCUGCUACACGUGAGGAUCUGUUUUGAUCGAGCUGGUUCUGCCGUUUCAGUCGGUCCUGCUCAGUUGGUGUCAGGGUAUUUUGUUGUUUUGUAGAUACUUGUACUUACAGAU